CGCGUCCGCCCCUGGUGCGCGCCGCUGAGGAGCGGAGAUGAAAUUCCCGGCCUCCGUGCUGGCGUCCGUGUUUCUGUUCGUGGCCGAGACGACGGCGGCGCUCUACCUGAGCAGCACCUACCGCUCGGCAGGGGACCGCAUGUGGCAGGCGCUGACGCUGCUUUUCUCGCUGCUUCCCUGCGCGCUCGUGCAGCUCACGCUCCUCUUCGUGCACCGCGACCUCAGCCGCGAUCGCCCGCUGGUGCUGCUGCUGCACCUGCUGCAACUCGGCCCCCUGUUCAGGUGUUUUGAAGUCUUCUGCAUCUACUGUCAGUCCAGUCACAAUGAAGAGCCUUAUGUCAGCAUCACCAAGAAGUGGCAGAUCCCCAAGAAUGGCCUCUCUGAGGAAAUUGAAAAGGAGGUGGGCCAGGCCGAAGGCAAGCUCUUCACCCACCGCUCUGCAUUCAGCCGGGCAUCAGUGAUCCAGGCUUUUCUGGGCUCAGCCCCCCAGCUGACCCUGCAGCUGUAUAUAAGUGUCUUACAGCAGCAUGUCACUGUUGGAAGAUGCUUCUUAAUGACCCUAUCCCUGCUGUCCAUUGUGUACGGAGCCUUGCGCUGCAACAUCCUAGCCAUCAAAAUCAAAUAUGAUGAGUACGAGGUCAAAGUGAAGCCUCUGGCCUAUGUCUGUAUCUUCCUCUGGAGGAGCUUUGAGAUUGCUACUCGAGUCACAGUCCUGGUCCUCUUUACCUCUGUCCUGAAGACCUGGGUGGUGGUCGUCAUACUCCUCAACUUCUUCAGCUUCUUCUUGUACCCCUGGAUCCUCUUCUGGUGCAGUGGCUCCCCAUUCCCUGAGAACAUAGAGAAGGCCCUCAGUCGUGUGGGCACCACUAUUGUGCUCUGCUUCCUGACUUUACUGUAUACUGGUAUCAACAUGUUCUGCUGGUCCGCUGUACAGCUGAAAAUCGACAACCCUGAGCUCAUCAGCAAGUCUCAGAAUUGGUACCGGCUACUGGUGUACUACAUGAUGAGAUUCAUUGAGAAUGCCACCCUGCUCCUCCUGUGGUAUUUUUUCAAGACCGACAUCUACAUGUAUGUGUGUGCACCUCUGUUGGUUCUGCAGCUCCUCGUUGGGUACUGCACAGCCAUUCUUUUCAUGCUCGUGUUCUAUCAGUUCUUCCACCCUUGUAAAAAGCUCUUUUCCUCUAGUGUUUCUGAAAGCUUUGUGGCAUGGAUCAGGUGUGUCUGCUGGGCUUGCAGACGGCAGAAAUCCCCUGAGCCAGUAGGAAAGUCAGACACAAAGUCAUCUAGUAACAGGCGUGAGACACCUUCUAGCAGUAAAGUAAGUCUUGAGCCCAGUCAGAUGUUGGAAGCUGAUGAUCUCUGCUCUGCUUAAUGUGACCUGAGGUCUCUCAGGGCACAGGCAUAUUGUUUUCUGGGUUGAUACCUGUUAUUCAUAGAAGUAAUGAGACCUACACAGGGAGCAAGGCAGGAAGUCAGCUGUCAACUCCUUGUGAGCUGCUGCUCUUUAUAGAGCUUUUGGGUAUGUGGGAACUAUGGGGAGAGGCCAAGAAAACUUCUGAGUGUUGAAGAGGCAGCCCGGGUCACCACAGUUCCCAGGUUAGACUCUGUUUUUCCAGGCAUUACUGGCCUUUUUACUGAUAAGACACCCCUGAAGUUGUAUUGGGAAGGUUAGCUACAUCAGGUAGAAUAAGGAGAAGAGCUUUCCCUUGUUUUCUGGAUUGUUGGUCUGGGUAGCCUGACGAUUUAUCUUCUCUGAGCAUAGUUUUUACCCAAAAGCUGUACUGAUAACCAGAGGUUACUGGGGUUUUUCUGUCAGCAACAUUAUUAUUCCUGUUCAGGGAGUAUUGUUCAGGUUUGAGUUUUGAAUAAAUGUUCCAUUUUCAUGUCAUUAGGGCUUUUUGUACAUAGCCAACUCUAGCCACCCUGCAAUGCAGAUCCUAGAUUUUGAAACUUUUUUCCCCUAGGAUCCAUGACUGUAAAAUUUAAUUCGGAACUAGGUUAUAAAACCUCCAUAUUUUGAAGAAUUUCUAGAUGGGGGGCGGCGAGUUGUUGAAACAUCUGCAUGAUGGAGGCUUGUGUAAGUAGAAUACUUACCUUUUCAGGAUGGUGAAAGAUAAUUUGCAAGAAGGUAGGCUUAAGCCUCACCAAGAUUGAGUGCUGUCGUGUGAUUCUCUAAUAGAGUUAAAUAGGAAAGAAGAAAAUAAGACUCAUAGUCUUCAUCCCUGCCUCCUCACUCCUUACCUGCUAGGUGAGUUUUAGACAACAGUUGCCUUGGUUAACUUGUAUUUUUCUGGAAACGCCACAGAAAUAUUUCACCCAGUGAGGCAUGCGGGUAUAUGGGCAUUUGGAUUUUCAGUAUUUGAAGAAAAAUGACUUUUCUCACUACCACUCAUAGUUACAGAUUGAUUUCAGAAACUUUUCUUUAAAGUAUAGAAGAGAUGAAACGAACAGAAAUUUUUUUAUCUUUCAUUGAAUAUAUUUUGAUUUGGCAUAAUUAUGAGUUAAUGUGAACUAGAUUUCCAAUUUUAGCCUCCUAUACUUUUUAUCUUCUGUGGCAUUUCUCCUUCACUCUGCAAUGCUGUUUGUUUCAUGAAAAAAAAAUUGGAUAGCAUACCCUCAAUUGUCUUAGAAAUAAAUGCCUGGAUCCAGUGCCAAUAUUUCUACAAUUAAAAUCUGGACAACAAAAUACCUAGAAAGAGUUGACCAUAAAAAUAAUACCAGUUGAGAAUAAGGAUUGGAGUAAAAUCUCAACAAUCUACAAAGGGGCCACUCUUACCAAAUGGAAUAGGGAUUCACUUCCCUGACCAUAGUAGUCCACAAAACUUUUUUUUUGAAUGGACUUCACAGUUAUAGUUUUCCUUUGCAAUUCUUCAUGGUGUCAAAUUUAUUAGUGAUUUCAUACACGGAAAUGAGUGUGCAAUUUGGUAAUCAAUUUCCACUAUAUAUUAAGGGGUCAAUGAAGUAGUAAAUAUUCUUUCACAGGGCAUACAUAUUGUUUACUCUUUUUAUACAGUUCCAUAGAAAUAUAUCAAUAAAUGCCUAAACUGUAGAGCAUCAAUUUUACUUUUAUGAGAUAGUUUUCUCAUUUUAAAUUCUCUUGGUUUAUCUAUAUUUGUGGUUUGACUUUGAGAACAUGCCCAGGAAACAGAUCCUUUUUUGGUUUAUUAUUAACCAAGUAAAAAUAAAACUUAAGAUUGUCUUUGUUCUCCCUGUUAGCACACCAUCUACCACUUGGCCAUUUUUAAUAGGCCUCAAUAAACUAUGUGCUUAUAUAAUCAAAAGAAUACUUCAUACAAUGUGUACUUCCAUGGGCAUGUUGUGCAUAGGUAAAUACACAUUUAUAAUACACAACACCACCCUUGAAAAUACAUACCAACUGUGAAUAACAGAAAGCUAAGCUAUUCAAGCAUCCUUUUGUGGUUAGUCCCAAAUAAUGAUUAGAACACUAAGGUCAUUCCUAAGUCAUUCCAAGUGUUUGUAUCAAACCAGUUCGUGGUGUUCAUUGACACCAUAUAUUUUCCAGCUCUUUUGUGAGGUAGACAUUCUCACCUGGAAGCUUUAAAAUGGCUGAUGUUAGAGGUGAAGGUGCCCUUUAUCCACCUGAAAUGUCUGCAAGCUAUGCCUUGGGGUUCAGAAGUCCAGACAGCCACUGGCCUGUCACUGGCUGUGCUUGCUCAGAAUUAGACAGGGAUGGAGAGGCUGGUGUUUCCCAGUCUUGGAAGCCUGUCUCAAAAACCAUUAGAAAAUCUUAACUUAUAAAUACAUUUGAAAUCACUUUAAUUCAGAGAUCUGUAUUGACCCAAACCAAGCUAACAGUGAUUUCUGCAAGAGUCACAAAUCCCAGUUAACACAUUUAUAAGGACAGAGGCUUCAUAACCACAUUGAAUGUUUUGUCAGUUUUAACCUUUGAUUUCCAGGUACCUCAGCUUUGGGGAUAUGCAUGGCCAUUCACUUAGGGGGACAGAAAUCACUGCUAUUUUUUCUGCAUGGUGAAAAUAUAAGUUAUGGUGAACUGAGAAUUUUUAUUUUUAUAUUAUUUAUGUUAAUAUCUCUGAAAUGGCAGACUUACAGUUCACACUGUGGGGCGGUGUUGUCCAAAACACAUAAGCAAACCAGAAAAUGUUUUCAUGUGUUGGGAAUUAAAAAUUUGUCUUUCAGUUAUAAUUUCAGUUUGUAAAACUCUAAAUGCUUUGUCUUUAAAUCUCAUGCCAUAACUCAUCAGGACAGUUGUUGCAACUGAAUCACUGUCAUUUGGCUGGAUAAGGAUGAAGUAUUUCCUAAAAAUAUACCAAAAUAAGAUCACCAAACAUGUUCGACUUUCUCUUGUCAAUACUGGAGACAUCCCACUAUAGCGAUUGGGAUCUCCCAGUCCAGCCCUUUGGGUUACUUAAUUCCUUUAUGCUUUCAUUUGCUCACCUACUAAAUUUCGAUGCUAUACCUGCCCAGCCUACCUCACAAGGUUGUCAGAAAAAUCAAAUUAAAUUGUAACUGUGAAGAUGCUUUGAAAAUACUUCUAAAGUGCCAUGCACAUUUAAAGAGUUGUUAUAGUUAUUCAAAUCCAUAAGCAGGUUGUUAUUUUUUUACUGUUUGAAGGAAAUAAGAAGUGCCAUCCACAGUGAGUGUCUUGAGUGGGCCUUUGGCCUUCUGAACAAGUGCUCUUUCAUUUACCACCAGUUACUCACAGAAAUUAUCACCAAAAUGUAUGGCAUAUGGAGAAAAAUGACCCACUGAGUCUGAGAAAAAGCUUCUGAAGGCAAACGAAUUUAUCAUUUUGGUAUCAUCUUUCACAAAGGAUGUAGCAGCAUCUUUUGAUAUUUAUGUUACAACAUGAAUGCCUAAUUCAAGGCACUGAAUGUAAGUUUAAUCUUUUCAGUCUUGCAAAUGGGAAAAUAAGCAUUAGAUUCCAUCAUCAAAUACAGCAUUUCUCUGGAAGCCACCUUACAGCAUUAGUGCCAUGGUUAAGAGUGUAUAUGCCAGUAUUUCUCAGCCAAUACAUUGUGGAUGUGAACGUUU